AUGACUGUGUCCGAGUCCGGCCACUUGGACGCCUUCCCGAUGAGGUCCGUGGCCGUCGUCCAGUUUGCCCCCGGUGCCGAGUAUGCGGCUGAUGUUUCAAUCCCAACGUGCUCUUGCCCUCCUGGCCGCUCGAGCCGUAAGAAGAUGAUAACGCACGGGCUCCUGACCGGGUCUAUAAGCGCGUUCCCGAUCAGCCACAUGAAGUCGAGCUUCUGGUCGGCCCCUGAGCAGGAGGAAGAUGUUGUUCAGAACUUCGCCUUCAAGGUCAACGACGGCCCUCACGGUGGCACGGGAACAGGGAACGGCAUGAUGAUGGGCGACGUCACGAACAUGUACAUCCUCCCGUGCCCGUCCCCUCUUCUCGUUGUCGAUCACGGUCUUGUGCGGCAUGUACUCCACGAUCGGCCCCCCCCAGAUUCGUUACCUGACGGUGAAGGUCAGCCUGUACGUCCCGAUGCACACGACUCCUGGGUCAGGGGUGCGACCGGGAAAGCCACCCUGUUGACUGGGGCAUUGAUACCGGCCACGUCCGAUAACUCCUGCGACGCCGUGGGCGACUCCAUCUGCCACCACGAGGCCAUAUUCCUGCCAGUAGACGUAGUACGUGAUGUCCUUCACCACGACGGACUUGGGCGUGAUCGCCCACCUGAUCAUCCGCUGGUCCUGGUCCGACAACUCGUUGAAGCGGCCGCCGGGCCCGAACACGGGAAGUCGUCGAAGAACCGGAUGUUCCCUCCGUGCCUCUCCAAAGGUACGUCCAUGGUGACGACUUCGUCGCUGUACCCGUCGGCGGACACGACCGUCUCGGAGUCCGUAGCGUCGCUCAUGACCACGUAG